CCGGAGUCUCUUCAUGGGAAGGAGAGUUGCGAACAGAGAGGCAUUCUGCAUUCCCGAAAAAGUGCAUUGCCAAAAGAAGCAGCUUACAUCAUGGGCUGUUUGAGAGUUCCCACACAUUUGGUUCCUAAUUACUGUCCGACUGGACAGCUGAGCCGUUUCAAACAGGAAGCUGUUUACAGAUAACGCUCCUGUAACUGUUGGGUCUGAUUUGCUAAAGGCUAAAGACAAGUCCACUUCAAAUUAAAAACUAUCGGGGCUUUUGUAAAUAGUCGCAAUGAGGUUCAUUUGCGUGGCAUCCCUCCAGGCAGAAGCCGUGCGGCAGUGCUUGUUUUUUCAACCAUCAUAAAGGAGUCAGGAACAAACUCAUUAUGAGGAGUGAUCUGGUUUUCUUGGUCUCUGUAAUUGGCCUUACCUUCCUGUCUCUGUUAAGAACUGGAUAUGCUCAACAUAUUGCGGAAGAAUCCUGUUCGGUGCAGAUUCUGGUUCCAGGCCUCAAAGGGGAAGCUGGAGAAAAGGGGGAGAAGGGUGCCCCAGGCCGCCCAGGACGAGUUGGCCCUCCCGGAGAAAAAGGAGAAGUGGGUGACAAAGGACAGAAAGGCAGCAUAGGGAGACAUGGAAAAAUUGGUCCUAUUGGUUCAAAAGGAGAAAAAGGAGAUAAUGGUGACGUUGGCCCACCUGGUCCUAAUGGAGAUCCAGGAAUUCCAUGUGAAUGUGGCCAGCUACGGACAGCCAUUGGUAAAAUGGAUAACCAAGUGACUCUUCUGACUACUGAGUUAAAAUUCAUUAAAAAAGCACUGCCCUCCCCCGCAGCUGUCGCUGGUGUGCGCGAGACGGAUAAUAAGACAUACUUGCUGGUGAAAGAAGAGAAGAGGUACAUGGAUGCCCAGCUCUACUGCCAAGGACGCGGAGGUACACUGAGUAUGCCCAAAGACGAAAGCACCAAUAGCCUCAUUGCUUCAUACAUCAGCCAAGCUGGCCUCAGUCGCGUUUUCAUUGGGAUCAAUGACCUUGAGAAGGAAGGCAGUUUUGUGUAUGCAGACCGAUCCCCCAUGCAGACCUUCAACAAAUGGAGCAAUGGUGAACCCAACAAUGCUUAUGAUGAGGAGGACUGCGUGGAAAUUACAGCCUCUGGGGGCUGGAAUGAUGUUGCCUGCCACAUCACAAUGAAUUUUGUUUGUGAAUUUGAUAAAGAACAUGUGUAGUAGCAUUAAUACUUUCACUCUCCCUACUCCGAACUCAUCAUAAAUAUGUUUUGUAGUCCAAAUAUGAUCCUGAUGAGUACUCCAUUCUUGGAUUUCUUUCUGUGAAAUUUAGUACCAUGUUCCAGUGAUGCUAGCAUUCCAGCAAUCUUCCUUAAGGUGGUCUGGACAAAUAUGCCAAUAUAUCCUUGAUUUUGAUUGCACUCCAAAGAUCAUCAACCACCAAGAGGAGCAGUAUUUAUCAUUAUGUAUGUAGUGUUAUUUAUGUGCACACCCAUCAUACAAAAAUACUGCCUGUAUCAUGUGUAUGUGUGAAGGAGAGAAAAGGGUCGAUUACAUUGCCAUAUAAUGCAGAUUGGAACUUCAUUUCAUGGUCAGUGUAAAUCGCUGGUUCCCAACCUUUGGUCCUCCAGUAAUUUUGGACUUCAACUCCCAAAAAUCCUAGCCCGUUUACCAGCUGUUAGGAAUUGUGGGAGUUGAAUUACAAAACAAGAUAGAGCCAAAGAACUAUUCAGAAGCUUAACAAUAUCAAAGAAUAGCAUGUCUCAGGGCCUUUCCACACAGCCCUCUAUCCCAGAUUACCAAGGCAGAAAAUCCCACAAUAUCUGCUUUGAACUGGGUUAUCUGAGUCCACACUCAGAUAAUGUAGGAUUUUCUGCCUUGAUAUUCUGGGAUAUUGGGCUGUGUGGAAGGCCCCUCAAGCUUCUCAACACCAUUUUGGGGUAUGGUAUGGAUAUACCAUGGAUUUUCUUUAUUUGCAUUUGGCACUCAUGUGUUGUGUUUUAAAGGACCGGUCCUUGCGUUAUUCAACAGCACUUCUAUUUGCAUGGUGAAGCGUGUUAUUUGGGUGGUUUAUUGUAUGAAGAAGGAAUGGCAUGUUGACACCUAGUUAUUUGUGUGUUCAAUGCACGUAGUACCACAUUUCUCCCUUUAAUAAAGGUGGGGGGGGAGUGUGUUAUAUAGACUGGAGUGUUAGUAUGAAGGACAGACCCAUUUCAUAGAUGCAUACAUGUAGCAGUUGGGUGGAAAACCAGUGGAGAGCCAUUGGGAUAGCAUACUCAGUACUGUGUUGAGACUUGAGAGAUCCAGGUUAUGGUCCCUACCGAGCCAUGAAACUCACUGGACAACUUUGGCCAACUCAGCCUUGACCACUUUUACGUUUAUUGUGGAGAGAAAAGUAGAGGAAAAUAAGUGCCGUGUCCCAUCUUAAGCUGCUUGGACAAAAAAAGAAAAGGUACAAAUACCUUGUGCAUUUAACAACUAAUAAAAUGAAGGAAGCAUAUCUACUUCUCCACCAAUCAGAGAGGAGCAUCCUUGAAACCACCUAUCAUCUGCAGGAGAUUGGCUCAGCACAUCUCUUGGGAAGUUCUCUUUGACAAGACCCAUUUUAUUUCAGGAGGGUCUUGAUGGAUUAUAUACCAAAUGAACAGGCCAAAAUCCUUAUAGGAAUUGGCACACGUAAGCAUGAAAUACAUUAAAAGCAACAACAGUGAGGAAUGAAUAAUCUUUCAAAAUUGUCAACAAGGGGGUGCAGGUCCUUCAGUCUACUCCACAUCCUAUCUUAAAUACACUUCAUUGAUAAAACAUUAUAGUGAUAUUUUUAGAAAUAUAUGAUAUUUGUAUUGUACAGGUGUAAAUAUAAUCUGGGUAUUUUAAAUAUCAAAUUUACCCUUCAGAAGGGAAGAUUCAUGAUCUGCAUUACUGUAAAGAAAUGCAGCCAUAAUCUAAUGCACAAACUUUAAUUUUUUUAGCUUUAUAUUAGGUUAUUAUUUGUUGGUCUUUGAACAGGUGAUGUGCAUUGGCUCUUUCAUUGAGAUUAAUGGAGAUGUACAACUACAGUGAAAAAGCAUUAGAUAUUAGGAUUUUAUUUUUGAAGAUGCACCUCUGGUUUCUCUUUUUCAAAAUAAUAGAUGUUAAUAUUAAAUUUCUGCACUGAAAUAUAUUUUAUGCUGUUUCAUACAUUUAAAGUGUCUUUAAAAGAGCAUUUAUUAUUUUCUGUACACCAACACUAUUUUCUCAGGUCUUUCAUUAUACUGAAGAACAACUAUUUGCAAAUGUGGGUAUGCUGUAUUAACCAAAUUAGGAUCCAUUGUCUAAUGAAAUGGAUUUGAUUGAGCAUAAUGUUGGAACAGAAUUGAAAAAUCAAAUCCAAGAUUAUUUACAGAGAACAUAAAGCAAUUAUCUGGUUUUCUUGUGUAUUCUUAGUUAUAGAUGCUUGAUGACCAGAAUGAUUUACCAAUGCUCUCCUAUUCAGGUUUUAUGUAGUCUCAGUAGUCCAAUUCUACCUUGAUUCCAUUUUAUCCACUGGAAUUAAGUAGAUGAGAAAUGGCUACCUGAUUUUAAUUGCAUGUUUGCAAGUUGUUGCAGUUAAAUAGAAAUCAAAGCAGUCUCACUACAUUAUUAUGACAUUGAAAAAGAAUUUGUUAUCUGCUGUCUGAAAAAAAGUUUUGAAAUGUGUCCUUUAGCUUUUCAGUAUAGAUAUAGGGUGCUUCUAUACUGCAAAAUAAGGGCAGUUUGACACCACUCUAAGUGUCAUAGUUCAAUGCUGUGGAAUUCUGGGAUUUGUAGUUUGAUGAGGCAAAUUCCUUAUAAAACUCCCAUGAUUCCAUAGCACUGAUCCAUGAUAAUUAAAGUAGUGCCAAACUGUAUUAAUUCUACAGUACACUGUUGAUGCACUCAUAGAGCUUUUUUUCCCAUGUCAGGAGCGACUUGAGAAACUGCAAGUCACUUCUGAUGAGAGAGAAUUGGCUGUCUGCAAGGAUGUUGCCCAGGAGACACUCGAAUGUUUUACCAUCCUGCAGGAGGCUUCUCUCAUGUCCCCACAUGGGAAGCUGGAGCUGACAGAUGGGAGCUCACCCUGCUCCCCAAAUUCGAAAUGCCGACCCUUAGGUCAGCAGUUAUGCUGGCACAAGGAUUUAACCCAUUGCACCACCGCAGGCUGCUAGAGCUGAAUAAAAGGGAAGAAACUCUCUAAUGCUAUUAAGUGGCAGUAGAUUUACUUAAUCACUGCUAUAUAAUUUAGUUUAUAAGGCAGUGUAGAAGGGACCAAAGGGGGCUCAGAAGUGUGACAAAAAGGUGUAUGUUUAAAAAUGUCCAUUUGAUUUCAUAUCCUACACAUAAACGCUGAUGACACUGUAUGGUUUAUCUAAUAUUUGCUUCUCUACUAUAAGAUUACACAGGGUUCUCUUUUGGAUCAUGAAAGUACAACUUAAUACAUGUACUUCCAAUAAGCUUCCAGAUAGCAAUUGAAUGCUAAUGACAAACUAAUUGACAGCAUUGCAGUUAAUAAUGGCUCUUGUUUAUAUCAAUGUUUUUCCUCUCAGAAAUAAAGUAUUCUGUGAUCUGAAAUCAUUGCAUCAGUUUAUGUUUAAGAAAAUAAACAAUUUUAUUUCAA